AUGCCAGAUACAGGGCUCCCAAAGAUCCUCAUCGACGAGACGACCCGGCUAUUGAGCCCCGAAGAUCUCAGCGUCGAUUCUGCGCUCAAUAGCCCCUCGCCAUCUACUGUCAGCACAUCGUCGAAUAAUUAUGCUGUUAGCGGAAGUAUUGGGCAUCAAACAGGAUGCGACGAAGAGCAGGGGCAAACUCGAACAGAAAAUGAGCCACUGCCCCCAAAUUACAGCAAUGGCUUCAUUGCCCGUGUGGUGGUCGCCCUACUUAUAGGAGUCUUCACGUCGAGCGCCGACGUCUCACUUGUCAUCGCCACGCAUCCAGUCAUCGCGUCUGAAUUCAACGAUCUUGAGAAUUCGAGCUGGCUCUUCAUCAGCUUCAUGCUUGCUGGUGCAGCUACGCAGUCGCUUUAUGGAAAGCUGAGUGACAUAUAUGGACGUAAAGCCAUCUUGCUGCUCUGUUAUGCGCUCUUUGCAUCGGGAUGCGCCUUGAUAGGGUUUGGCAAGUCGAUGUGGCAAGUCAUUCUCGGCCGACUAAUCUCCGGCUCGGGAGGCGCAGGAAUGAUGGUACUGGCCGCUGUUAUAGUAGCAGUCGGCCGCAGUAUUGGCAGGCCUCUGGGGGGUCUACUGGCUGACACGAUCGGUUGGCGAUGGUCGUUCCUAGGACAGAUACCUAUUUUCGUUAUCGCGAUGGUGGUAUGCUGGUUUAUACUUCCGAACCUUGGCGUCCCUCCCCAAGGGUGUAGUGAAGGUGACGGACGAACAGGAAGUAGGUUGGCAAGAAUCGACUUCCUUGGUGCUGCAUUCCUUGGCAGUGGGCUCCUGGCCUUGCUAUUGCCCCUGAAAAUCGCCGGACAGAAGAUACCGUGGACACAUCCCGCAGUCUCAGCUCUGUUCGUGGGCGGGAUUCUCCUGCUUGGAAUGUUCGUCAUCACAGAAGCACGAUGGGCUAAAGAACCGAUCUUUCCCUUGCGGCUGCUGAGACAGAAGGACGUUGUGCUCAGCUAUGUGAUCAAUAUCUUUCAGACAGCUGCUCAAGUUGCCAUGAUGUUCUCGGUACCCCUAUACUUCCAAGUUACGCGACGGUCAUCAAGCACGAUUGCAGGUGCGCAUCUGAUGCCGGCCGUCAUUGGCUACACAGUCGGCGGUAUAAUGACUGGUUGGUGGAUUCAGAGGACUGGUCGCUACAAGGCUCCCUUGGCGUUUGCUGGCGUCAUAGCCUUUACCAGCUACCUGUUCAUGGUAUUGAGAUGGAAUGGGAACACCAACUGGGCGGAGUCACUUUAUAUCACGCCAGGGGGCUUUGGGACUGGCGUAUGUGUCUCCGCGGUCUUUAUCCUACUCCAGGUAGCGAUCGACCCCUCCGACAAAGCGGCCGCCGUGUCUGGAUUGUACCUAGCAAUCCCGGUGGGAUCUAUCCUAGGCAUGGCUGCCUCGAACACUGUCAUGUCACUGGUCAUGCCCCAAGACUUGACGCUACGACUUCUUGACCUGGGAUUUGAUGAGGUCGGUAUUAAGAAGAUACUCAAAGAAGCGUUGUCUCGCGUUGACUAUAUCGACGAGGCGCCGCAGAGGGUUUCUCGAGCCGUCGUGCAGUCGUACAUUGAUGGACUCGAGUAUAGCCAUUGCGUUUCCAUGGGUUUUGCUGUACUUGCGACCUCAGCUGCUUUGAUGGUCACCAACAGGGAGAUACGUCAUUAG